ACGGAAAAGCGGCGACACACACCGCAUUGCAUCCACACAUCGGUUCCCAGUGUGUCGCUACCCGGCGCUUUGAAAGAAUACGCUUUUUUACCCUUAAAUCCCCCUGUGUGGCUGUGUGACGGGACAGAGAAGAAAGACAAGAGACCACCACCACCACUACUAGAAAGCAGGGAACGACUCGCGCUUUCCCAAAAGCCAGUGGCGGAAACUAGUGAAAAAAAAAAGAUCGCAAGGAGUGAUAGAUAAGGUGGCCAUUUUCGUGAACGCACACCCACCGGCCGAGAGUUUUGGUCCACAGUAAGAGCAGGUGUAUAAUCAUAGUAGGUAAUCUAGUAAGCUAGAUUCCUCCGGCAAGUCGUUCCCCAUGGUGGUAUGAGCGAAUGGUGUGUGUGUGCGGGGAAAGGACGCAACACACGUUUCACAUACACACACGCACUCGAUCGCCGAGACGGCGGAACAGCAUCAGCAGCGCUUCCGGAUCAGCUUGUGUGUCGCGUGUCGAUUAGACGUGGAGGGCCGAGCGUCACCUUCGCCCGUGUCGAACCGUCCUCACCGGCCGGGCAGAGUGGCCAGCAGCAGCAGGAGCACCAGCUGUGAUAUCGUAUUUGCUGUCCUUGCAGCGGCAAGCUGGAGCAGUCUCAGGAGCAGUGUAAAACCAUGUUUUAUCCACUGCAAUCCCAGUUCGAGGAUGGUGUAAUUGAGCUAACGCGUUCGGAAAUGCUGCAGCAAGAACACCCGCUGGCACUGGCAGACAACAAACAUUUUGUCGUGUCGUUGUCCCUGGGCAAUACGCUGAUCAAUCUCAACAAAAUCAAAUGUCCGCAAUGCCGGAAGCGUUUUGAUACAAUGGAGGAGAUGGAACAGCACCGGACCAAGCAUUUGACGGAGAACAAGUUUAAAUGCGAGAUUUGUAGCAAAGAAUUUCCCAGCCAUAGUUCCAUGUGGAAACACACCAAGGCCCACACCGGUGAACGUCCUUUCGUGUGUCAAAUUUGCAACAAAGGCUUCACCCAGCUGGCCAACCUUCAACGACAUGAUCUCGUCCACAAUGGACUUAAGCCGUUCAAGUGUCCGAUUUGUGAAAAAUGUUUCACGCAACAGGCCAACAUGCUGAAACAUCAACUUCUUCAUACCGGACUUAAACCAUACAAAUGUCCCGUGUGCGACAAAGCAUUCUCGCAACAUGCAAACAUGGUCAAACAUCAAAUGCUUCAUACAGGUUUGAAGCCUUACAAGUGUCCCGUUUGCGAAAAAGCAUUCACGCAACAUGCCAACAUGAUAAAACAUCAAAUGUUACAUACCGGUCUUAAACCCUACAAAUGUCCUGUCUGUGAAAAGGCCUUUACCCAGCAGGCAAACAUGGUGAAACAUCAAAUGUUGCACACCGGCGUUAAACCGUACAAAUGUUCCACCUGCGGAAAGGCAUUCGCUCAGCAGGCCAACAUGGUUAAACACGAGAUGCUUCAUACCGGUAUUAAACCGUACAAGUGUCCCACCUGUGACAAAGCAUUCGCCCAGCAAGCAAACAUGAUGAAACAUCAAAUGUUGCAUACGGGACUAAAACCGUACAAGUGUGGUACGUGCGACAAAGCGUUCGCCCAGCAGGCCAAUAUGGUUAAACAUCAGAUGCUUCAUACCGGUUUGAAACCGUACAAAUGCAAUACCUGUGGCAAGGCAUUCGCUCAGCAGGCCAACAUGGUUAAACACGAGAUGCUUCAUACCGGGAUUAAACCUUACAAAUGUUCGGUGUGCGAUAAAGCCUUUGCCCAGCAGGCCAACAUGGUUAAACAUCAGAUGCUUCACAGCGGAAUUAAACCAUACAAAUGUCCAACUUGCGAUAAAGCAUUUGCUCAACAGGCGAACAUGGUUAAGCAUCAGAUGCUCCAUACGGGGGAGAAACCGUUCAAAUGCAAAACCUGUGAUAAGGCAUUCUCACAAAAUGCCAACUUGAAAAAGCACGAAAUGGUCCAUCUCGGCAUACGGCCCCACACCUGCCCCCUGUGCCCGAAGUCCUAUUCGCAGUAUUCGAACCUGAAGAAACAUCUGCUCAGCCAUCAGAAGCAGGCGAUCAAGCAGGAGCAACAGAACGGUCAGGUGAUGGCCAUUCUCUACAGCUGCCAGACGUGCAAGAUGCAGUUUGAGGAUAUCAUUGAGUUCGAGCGCCACACGCGACACUGUGGUCGCAUCAACAGCGUCCCGCAGCACGGCGUUAAGCUGGAAAACAUCAAGAGCGAGGUAGACAUCGACGGUAGCUCCAACUCCGGCAUGCAGCAACACAUUACCACCACCAAUGGGAACGGCGGGGGGAACGCAGCGAACGGUAUUAGCGUUAGUCAAGCGCAGCCACCCACACCGAUGCAUCUUCCGUCGGCCAUCCUCACCUCAGUCAUUUCGUCGUCGGUCGGUGCGAACGUAACCGCACACAACCUACCACCGGCGGCCCACUCCCAUCACGGGCAUGUGACGUCGAACGGCGGUGGCCUUCUGUCUGGUGGCAUACCGACCGGUCAUCCACACGCCCAGCAGCAACACACCCCACCGGGCGUUGGUCUUCCACAACAUCCUUCCGCUCACGCUCAACAGCAGCAGCAGCAACAGCAGCAGCAACAACAAGCACACCAGCAGCAGCAGCAGCAGCAGCAGCAAGGACAUCCACAACAGCAGCAACAGUUGUCACCGCUCGGUAGCCACCAGCAGCAUCUCGUGCUGCAGCAGCAACACAACCUUCCGAUCCAUCUGCAGCAGCAGCUAUCGCACCAUCUGAUCAGCUCGCAUCUGCCGCCCCAUCCCCAGGAUCACGGUGCGUCCGGUGACCUGCACCAUCAGGUGAACUUCCACCAUCCGCACAUCUCCCAUCUGCCCAACAUAUCGCACAAGAUCCUUUCGCCCCUGUUCCACAUUCCGCCAUUCAACAACAACCACAGCACAUAAUGGAACGCUUGCAAGGGACCCACGGUACGGCCGUCGGCGUCGGUUGUCGUUGAUGCCAACCCGUCGCCGGCCGGUGUGUCGUCCCUUAUGCCGAACGCGUCGCCGAUGAUGCUACCGUUUGUGGUGAAGGCGGAAAAGCCGGACGAGGAAAAUGGUGCUGGUGGUGAUGCUGUAUGCGGUAAGUAAGCAGCGGCACUGGUCUGGUGAUUGUAUGCCAGUGGCCGUUAGAGAGAGGGAGGGACCCAGUCAGGAACAUGGGUUUCUUGUUCUUAGGAAGGAGGAUAUGAAACGCUUCUGGGCCGAGCGAUAAAUACUUCAAAGUAUCGGUUCGUAACAUCGUAAAGCGUUGAAAGUGGUUACAAAUUUAUAUUUUGAAGAAUUUAUCGGUUUCUGCAGCUAAGCCAUGCAUAGGAGAGAAGAGCGGGACUCAAGCAAAAGACGUUCUUUAAUACUCAGGAGGAAAUCAAGUAGGGGUGGUGGUAGCGGGAGUUUGGGGGGAAACAAUCGCCCCAUCAUCAUCCCCCCUUUCCGAAUUCCAUCAGUAGGAAUAAUGUGCUUUUUUAUCAUUUUUAUCCACAAAUAUGUGUACAACAACAGCUCGUUGGCACCACACAAUAGCGUGCGUGUGUGUGUGUAUAUAGGAAUGUUUUAUUUAUUGGUCUUUCUUUGUGACUCACCAGAAAGCGUCCCAUCACAGAGUGUAAAAUUGUUUUACUUAAGUCACACGAACUGCUCCUCGUCACUAGUAGGAGGAUUGGAUUAAUAAUAUCCAAGCAUAUAAACAAUGCUACGGGGACACGCUCUAUUGUACGGGAAAAAAAACAAAUCGAUCAGCUUUUGAAAGAUAAUCUAUGCGCACACCAGGACACACCCCUACAUACAUACUAUAUUUACUUAGCCGUAGUGUAUCUCGUGUAUUACAGUGUGCAAAAGAAACAAAAAGAACCGGGAAGCACUCCCGAAUGUCGAAUUGUGUUGAUGGAUGUGCUUGUUAGUCUUUAAACCAUGUGCUGUAAACGCGCCUGUUGCGCUUACAGGGUUUCUCAGGCCAGUUUCGACAUGGUAACACUAUUAUGUCAACAGCAUCAAACGCGAACACCGACAACGUAUAUUUGCACUUUAACAUCGUUUACUCUCCUCAACACGGGAAAAAGCAAAGAUCCAACUCCGGCAAAUAUCCUAACUCGACAAUGGCAAAUAUAUAUAGUGUUGGAGUGUUGCACUGGGUUGAGAAACCCUGUAUCUCUCACUUCCCUCUGGCGGCUACUACAGAAGUGCACUAGAUGGAAGGAAAGGCGUUUGUGUGUGCGCGCGUGUUUUGCGUAUUUUCUAUAAGUGCCCACGCAAAUAGAGGUCGGCCGACCAGAGUGUCGUCCCCACACAUCCGUGAAUUUACUUAUAAGGUAGCUUUUUAGUUUUGACACCCUACUAAAGGGGGGGACGUCAACAGUGAUAAAUAAAACAAGAUGAUGCGGCUAGGGCUUUGGAAGAGAGGUUUUCUGGAAGCACUACGCAAAGACUGUUGCACAAGAGAGACGGAGAGAGAGAGAGCGCGCGAGAGAGAGAUUAGAGACGAAAUAAGUAAAUCGAAAACGUGUGAUAGAGAAACCCUAACCGUAUAGUAGUGCGUGCGGAUUUCUGUGUGUAUGUGUGUUUGUAUGUCGCAGUGGGUGUGAAGGAUGUUCUAGAACCAGAUCUGGAGAAGUGUUGUGUGCCACAUGGUUUUUACGAAACAAAAAACCCCCAUUAAGUUCUAUCGUUUUGUCGUUCAUCGUUCUCAAACAUCAUGUGUAAGAAGAAGCGCGGUUGUUUUGUUUUGCUGUUGGUGGAAAGAUUAAGGAAAGGUAUAAUACGUUUUGUAUUAGGGCAACGCCAACCGAAGGAUGUGGGUCGCAGAGCAGAGUUGUGAUAUUUAUAGAUUACCAUAUUAAAUGUGAACAGGACAGGUUUUUUUUUCUUUAUCCUUCUCUCGUUGGAAUUGGUUAUUCGUUGGUGUGAAACUAUAACGCUGGUCCUGCUCUUUUUUUUUAUAAAUCCAUAUCAGUUGUGCUUGAUUGAAUGAAGGAUGAGAUGUGAGCGUUAGUGGCGGUGAUCGUCAUAGGAAGACUUAAUACAAGAAAGAUAUGUGUGAUAACGCUGUCGUUGACCUACGGUUUGGGGGAGGAAAGGGGGUUCGAUAAGCGAAACCUUGCUGCUCCUCUACCAGUGAUGGGACAAAAAAUCAAAUUUUUAAGUAGUAUGUGAGCAAGUAGCUUAACCUAGGCAAGGCUGGCGGAAAACUUCGCACAGGCAUAGCAAGGGAAAUCAUUCUGCGAUUUUUUCCCUCUCUCUCUUUGGAAGUAUCUACUUUGCCUGCCCCGCUCGGCGUUAGGAAUGCGUCCCGUGUUGAAAGUGUGUUCCUGCUGAGCUCUUGUCAUCCCUGUUUGCCAUUAUAGGCCGGUCCUCAACGAUACUAGUCUAUACUUCUGGCCCUGGUUAGCAAUUGCAUUCGCGUUCAUGCAUCAGGGAUGAGACAAAAGAAAGGUCCCUCGCGAGGACCUACUACCCCCAGGAGAAGGGGAGGGUCUCACAUGCCUCACAUCCUGCCAUAUAAUGGCUCAAUAGACUUAUUUUUACCACGUAGUAGCAGGGAUAGUCAGUAGACUCUUGCGCAUAUGGGACCGAACCCGGUUAUCCCGGAUGAGAAUCAAGCCCAGGAAAAACUGCACUGCAAAAACAACAGUGCGUGCGAGAUAAAAGGUGUGCGCUCUACUUGUCCUACAGGUUGUUAGUUAGACGCCAUCUCCUCUCACAGAGUCAGCCUCUAAAGGUGGGUGCGUCCCGCCGGUAGGGUGUGUGAGAAGAUGUACAGCAAUCGAAUGAAACCCGAACAAAGAACGUACGCGCACACACUGACGACGCAUUACACAUUAGAUACGAACACAUUUUACUACACUACUAGAGUAUCGUGUGUAUACAUUAGGAGGAGUAAACUCACUCAGGAGAGCAAACGUUUAAGUUUAGGGAGGCGGCAGGCAUACGACGUAAAAGUAAAGAUUCUGCUGUGAACGAGCUGCGAGCAAUAGAGGGCAGGUGGUAGUAUAUACGUAUGUUGUAAAUGUUAGGAUGUAAACGUGUUGCAAUAAGCAAAAAGUAGUGUCCUCAGGUCACCAUGACGCAACCGAAGCGAUCAAAUUGCUUCGGUAGUGGGGUAUGGUUGGUUAUAAUGGUGUGUCAUCAUCUUCAUGAUCAUGAUCUUUUCGCCCGCCUGUCUUCCAUAUAUAGGGUUCAUCAGCUUUUCUUUUUUUAUCCUUCUCCUUCUGUUGGAUAAGCCUUCUCUUGGGGUUAAUUGCCCUCCCAGUUUUGAAUGUUUUAAGAAAACAUUAUGUUGUGUGAUGCGGUGUUGUGUGCCGUUUUCCCCUGUUUACGAAAUUCUUGCUCUAAUAACGGUCGAAUCAUGUUAUCUUGAACAGUCACUCUAACCCCUCUAAAGAAUCUACACAUAAAGGCACCCGGGGAAGGCUUUUAAGGCCCCAUCCUCUCAGGUCUUAGCCCUGAGAUCGUGCGAUGCAGUUGAAUUGCCCGACCGUUUGGGUCGGAGCCCUGCAGCUUCUACACCUGGAUAGGUCUGAUGAUCAGUUUUAUUCGGCAAACGUUUGCCCGUGGAGAAGAUCGUGUGAUAUCCAAAUGAAAAGCUUCAACACACUAUAUUUUUCACCUAACAAACGCUUUCAACAUGUGGCUUCCUUUUUUAUGUUCAAUUUUUCUUGUUGAUGUGCAUCUUCGCAUUUUUGUCCUGCUGUGAUUGUGUACCAAGCAGCGCAUACGAGCGCAUUUUAAAAAGGGUACUCCGAUGGUUAAAAUUUUGAAUUUGUUAAUUUUGAAGGCAUGGAGUAAUAGGAAAGCGCGUUUCCACGGCACUUUUUAGGAGAGUAGUAGUGUGGGUUCUCAACAUGCAAGAAGAAAAAAAAAACAAUAAUUUUUAAAGACGCAUAUAUCUAGGGGGUCAAUUGUCGAUUGUGUCCGCUAUAAGCUCUAUCACAAGUAGUAGUCCACAAAAACCUCAUAAAAAGUAGAAAAAUAACAAAAUGGUGUGAAACAAAUGGGCGCUGUAGACAUUGAAUGUGGGGGGAAAGGGAGAGCAUAGAAACAGAUUGGUGAACGAUGCGAUGAGAAAGAAGGAACGGAAAAAGCAACGCACAUUCCUACACCAUUUAGCAGAUAAAUUGCUGUUAGCCUGUUAGUGAACAAAUAGGAAACAAAAAUCAACCCUAAUCAAAAGUAUUUUAAAAACUUCAAAACGACACAUGAAAAACAAACAAAGUGAAAGUGAAAGUGAGAAAAACAACAUUAUAAUGUAGAAAAGCCUUUGCAAAACUUUGUGCGUAAAAAGGUGUUCUUUGAUACCUUCUAUCUCCUGUGUCACCACUGUGCAGAUACUCUUCAUCUUUACACCACCUCCCCUGCUGUGCGGCUAGCAUUUGGUAUUUGCAGAGCAAAAAAAAA